AUCUGUCAACACUGUUCCAUUUCGGCCAUACAAAUUUGCCUGCGUUUUGCUUCGUCGUCGAAUUCAAUAUUCAAUCCCGUGCCGUGUUUUUGUGUUGUUUUUUCCCAUCAGCUAGCUAAAAAACAAAUCGAUAUGGCAGCUUACACCGAGGAUCAAUUGGCUGAAUUCCAGGAGGCCUUUAACCUGUUCGAUAACCGCGGCGAUGGCAAGAUCCAGCUGAGCCAGGUGGGUGAGUGCCUGAGAGCCCUGGGCCAGAAUCCCACCGAGUCGGAUGUGAAGAAGUGCACCCACCAGCUGAAGCCCGACGAGCGCAUCUCGUUCGAGGUGUUCCUGCCCAUUUACCAGGCGAUCUCCAAGGCUCGUUCUGGCGAUACCGCCGAUGAUUUCAUCGAGGGACUGCGCCAUUUCGACAAGGACGCCAGCGGCUACAUUUCAUCCGCUGAGCUUCGUCACCUGCUGACCACACUGGGUGAGAAGUUGACCGAUGAGGAGGUUGAGCAGCUGCUUGCCAAUAUGGAGGACCAACAGGGCAACAUCAACUACGAGGAGUUCGUACGCAUGGUGAUGAGCGGUUAGACCGCGCCGGGUCCUCCCGAUUCCAGCUGUCCAGCACCACGACAAUAGAAGCAACACUAUCCAAAACACACACAACAGCAACACUAAAACACCUGCCAAGCUAGCUGAGCCGUUCAUUCCGCCACAAGUUCCAACUCCGUGAUUCCAACUUAGCCAUUCUUCUUCCCCGGACAAAACAUAAAUCCUGUUAAGCAACACCAAGGACAACGACCAAGGAUAUCGAGAUCUAUAAAAUCAAAAUGACAGGGGAAUGUGUUAAACAUGCAGCUAAAAAAAAAAACUGAAAACUUAGAGAUUGGAGCUAUUCCCACUUUCAAAACUUAUCCAUCGAUGUAGACAUUUAGAUUCAUGAUUAACCAUUACUAAUCAACGAGUCUGUGAAUGUGCGUAUUAUUCUAAAAGGAAACUGGAAGUUUAUCAGUAAUUAUCACCUAGUACAGGCAUUCUUUUGUAACAAUCACACUCGAUACAUAUAUUAUAUUUCAAUGGAAGAGUCGCGAGAGUAUCACGAAAAAGUAUUUCGAAAUUAGAUUUGAUAUGCGUCGGUGGCGUGUGUCCGAAUUUAAAUGCGCAUUUUUGAAGUUUUACAUGUUUAUUUUUUUUUAAAUAAUUUAAUAUUUGUAUUUAAUAAAUAAUAAAAGGAGAAACAAUGAAUGUGUAGGUCUUUUUACAAAAGAAACGUACUUAAAUCUAUUAAACCAAUUGAAACCUAA